AAAUACACAUCUGUAUGAAAUGAGUGUUCAUUUCACCCUUCAAGAUGGCCCUCUCUACACUGUUGCAGUAUGUUUAGGCUGGGCAGCCACUUCUACAACUCUCAUUCUUUUAAAUAACUACAUCCUGAAUGAGGAUGGUUUCCACUACCCUAUUCUACUGUGUAGUCUGGGUCAGCUCUGUUCAUAUCUCGGUUCGUUCUUCUUCAUACAUAUGGGCUGGGCGGAGCAGAAUGUUCACUUAACACCAGAACAAUAUGUCAAACAAAUUCUACCGAUUGGGCUGAUGUCUGCCGGCACCUUGGCCACUGGAAAUGCAGCAUACAUGUACCUUUCUGUAUCGUUCAUCCAGAUGUUGAAGGCCGGAACGCCUGCUAUCACCUUGUUCUGUUUGUUCAUGUUUGGCAUGAUAAAUAUCCGUAAAGACUUGCUGAUUGCCGUUGGUCUGAUUGUCAUUGGUUGUGCCGCCUCAGCGUACGGUGAGAUCGCUUUUUCAAUCAUCGGAUUCAUGAUGAUGGUCAGCUCGGAAACCUUCGAGGCCUUGAAACUGGUGAUGACGCAAAAGCUUUUAAACACUACUUUCUCUGGGCCUAUUGAGGGUUUGUAUCAUACCACUCCAAUCACAUUCUUAUGUUUAAUAGUCCUUGUAAUUCCAUUCGAGGGUAGCACGAUUCUGGCCGAAAGCGGGCUCAGCAAGAUUGGCAACAAUCCCUUGAUGUAUCUACUAGCUGGAAGUCUUGGUUUCAUGGUCAAUUUGUUCAUCAUGGCUGUUAUCAAGCGAACGAAUUCUCUAAGUUUCAAGGUUUUGGGACAGGCCAAGAAUGUUGGAGUAGUGCUUAUGGGAGCGCUAUUCCUGGGGAACACGGUUACUCCACUUCAAACAGGAUCAUAUGGUCUUUCAACCGCCGGUUUCUUCGUUUACAACAAGGCCAUGGAGAAUAAAACCAAAAAGGGGCAAGAGAAAGAUAGGGAUCUGGAGCUUGGAAGUAGGAUCAAAUAUAUCGCCGUGCCUCAGGUAGAUGAAAAGGAUGUCAAAAUCAGACCUGCCAGUAUGUAAUUAUAGCAGCCUAUAAAUCGUAAAAAGUACGCAUUACUUAUUGAGGUACAAGGUCCCUCGUCGAAUUCACUGUUGGCUAUUUGUCUUUGUAGCUACUCUAAAUGUACUCGGCGUUAUUGAUAACAGUCAUCUACGGAAGUGAAGCAAGUUCCAUCGGAAAAGGACGCAGACUGAGCGAGAAUAUCACCCUGAAAGUACAGAUUGACUCUCGAUCGACCGUAGUCGAUCAGUAUGAGUAUGCGAAUGCUUCGCGUCCGAUUCCUACACACAAGCUCAUGGAAGCUAAAUUGUUGCACGCACAUAACUCGAAUUCCUACUGAUAUAUUCUCUAUGAAUAAUUACAUUGCAAAACAGUAUAAUUUACAAUUUACCCCAUAUGUACAUAUACACAUGUCUCAAUAAUGUUCUGCUCUAAAACCGUGCUCUGGGUUGAAAUCAACCAAACAAAUAAUAGCUAUUCACAUCCUAUCCACCCUCUCCCUGCCGUAUACUAAUUGGUGUGGACAGGUGGAUUGACAAUACAUUUUUACACCUUUACCAUUAUGGUUGACCGUACAAUAGUGAAGAAGAUUCCAUCUUCCC